AAAGUAAAAAAAUGAUCGGUCGUUAAUUAUGCCUGGCUUAAAGUGUUAAAUUAUUUGAUUUUAUACUCAUUAACUAAAACAUUAUAAAAAAUGUCGCAAACCGAAAAAUAUCUUAUCAAAGUUUGACAGUUCUGAGACGAAUUUUGAUAUCUCAACAAAUGUGCUUUUUAUUUUGGAGCGACUUACCGGAAGUGACUCUGAAAUCCACAAAAACAAGCUCCUUCCCCCAUGUCCGACAUAUCAGACGUCGACCUGGAUGUUUAGAACUGCUCUAAAAAGAUUUCAGAACAAAUGGAAAUCGUACAGACACAGGUUUGUGCCUUGGAUUAUACUGAACCUGUCUAAAAAUGAGAAAACUCUGCGGCAGGUGCCGGAGCUCUCUGAGGACAAGCUGGUGCCGGAUGAGGAGGUGUCACAUAGCUUACUGCAGCUCUUCAGACUCCUGCUCAGGAGCCAACAUGUCACCCAUGGGGAGCCCCGAGCAACUCAAACUCACUUUCUCAGACAGGUAACAAGCGAAGAAGACCAAGGUGGAGGGAACUCAGUGUGUGGAGAUGAUGCCAUGUUUCAGUGUCUUGGGUUCUGCAUUGACCGGAGGCCUAGCACUUUGCCCUUUGCAGGUACGGGAGUGUUUGUCACCAGGGGAUUUGUACCCAAAGGAGCCACAGUGGCCAUGUACCCUGGCACAGUCUAUCAAGCCUAUGAGCCAAUUCUCCUCCAGUCCAUCAGGAACCCUUUUGUAUUCAGGUGUAUUGAUGGUGUCCUGAUUGAUGGCAAUGACAAAGGCAUCUCCAAAAUGGUGUUCAACUCCUGCAGUGGCAGGGACAGACUGGGGCCCUUCAUGAUGAGUGACACCAGCUGGCUGACAGAAAGUCCACUAAACCCACUUGCUGUUGGUCAGUAUGUGAACAACUGCUCCAACGAGUCACCUGCCAACGUGUGCUACCAGGAGUAUGAUGUGCCACAUAAGUUUCCCAUCGAGCUUCGCCAGUAUCUGCCUAAUGUCAACUACAGCAAUGACACACAGAGGCCUCUGCGCUGUGUUGUCCUUGUAUCCCUCAGGGACAUUACAGCAGGAGAGGAACUCUUCUCCAACUACUACACCAUCGUGCGUUAGAGACAAAGUACACUCAGCUGUUCUGCUUUGGUGUCAGAAGUGAAGAAAAUGGACAUUUUUCCUAUUUCAUACAACAUUAUAACUGUCUGUCUUUCUAAGGGGACAAAUGAUUUGUCUUUGUACACUCAGCAUUGCACUGGAGUAAAGGCAGGAGCACAGUAAUGUGAAAGAAACAAAACUGCUGUUAUUUCACAGAGUUGAAGGAAAUUGUAAAAAUAUAUAGAAAGAUCUCAAAUUAAAUGGGCCAGGGACACAGGCCACAUGGGACCUGCAUGUUCCAGACCUGAUCACUGCAGGGGCAGUGGCAUGUCCAAACCAUUUUGAAUAGGGUGGCGGAAGUUGGCCACUGACUUAUAUGAAGGGCUGGGCAAGCAUUAAUUUACCUAUAUGUAUAGUGUUAAUGUCUAUUUUAAUUUUUAUCACUACAGUAUAUUACAAUUUCUUACACUCAUGUGUUUAAAAUGUGACAGAGUGCCCCAUUAAUGAGUUCUUAAACCCCUAAAUGAGUUAGCAUUUUGAACUCACCCUCUGACUCGUCUCAAAGUCAGUGGGUUUUUGGUAAGAUGCUUUAAAUAAGGUCUGUGAUGAACACAAGCUUUAGAGAUGUCACGUUUUGUUCUGCAACAUAAAAUACAUCAGUGAAAACCACACUUGUGAAUGCUCAAAAGGCAGCUGCUAACAAGUGCCUGAAUUAGACUACAGAACUUCAUCAUGCUGACCACAACUUGAUAGUGUCGUGGUGGUGGUUUACUUAUGGCAGUUGCAUUUGGGCUUCAAAAAUCAUAUAACAGGUGCUCAUUUGUGAACAUUAUCUUACAUAACAAAAUGUGCAAGAGCCAUAAAUGUUUGUUUGCCAUAGAGGUUUUAUGCCACUGUAUGUGUUGUGUUUCUGUGCAGUGAAGUUUGAUUGAUUCAACUAACACACCUAAAACAUGGCUUAAUAGCAAAAGUAUAAAAUUCGACUUCAUUAUAACACAAGGUUCAUAGGCAAAGCAGUUUUCUUUUUCCAGACACAUUUUCCCCACAAAUACAGCAUGCUAACAAUAUUAGCAUAAGCCUAAAACACUUAUAAGUAUGUGACACAUCAAAAGCCCUGAUUGGCAGCCAGUGUGAGAAUGAUAACAUUUUAAAGGAGAAAGCCGUGAGUGGGACAAUGGAUCACUUUAUUGUACGGAGAAAAUUAGAACAACGCAUGGGGAAGACGACCUUCCACCGAAAGACUAGACAGUAUCACAAAAGCUACCUGUCUUAUUUUUAUUUCCUUGUGUCGUAAUAAGAGUGAUAACACACGUUACAGAAGCUAUUGUGCACAGAUAUAAAUACAGGUGUGCCUUGAGAUUUAGGCGUGCCCUUUGGUGGCUUAGUGGCUCGCAGACUUUUCCUCUUCCAUUAAGCCAGCAACAACAGCAACAUUUAACAAAGUAUGACAAAUUUUGGCUCUAUUAUAACUCACAAGGUUCACAGAUAAACAUGUUUUCUCCUCAUAUAUACCACAUGCUAACCUUAUUAGCAUGAGCCUAUGACAUUUCCUGCUCCAUAAAUUAUCAUAGCAGCUCACUGCCUUUUCUGCUACUCGGGG